CUUUAUUAUUUUAUUAACAGAUCUACCAAUUUAAACUUCAAAGCCCGACCCCUCUCUCUCUCCCUCUCGGAAACCUAAAUCAGAUCUAUGAAGUAUGAACUGGAUUUAGAUGCUCAGUUAUCGGGGUUUCUGGCGAUUCGGGUUGGUGUUGCUCAGUGCAUCGGCCAUGAUUUGGAAUCGAGAUGCAAGAUUUGCAAGUUUUGAGGAGGGCGACGAUCUGUGAUUUUUGGAUAGGUUUUUAAAGAAGUAAAGACGAUAAUGGGAGGGGAGAAGGGUGGUUCCAAAAGUAGUGGAUUCUUCCACCUCUUUGAUUGGAACCGGAAGUCUAGGAAGAAAUUGUUCUCCAAUUCACCUGAGGGCACAAAGCAAGGUAAGAGAAGCACUGACAAUUUGCCAGCAACGCAGCUCCGUCUGAUUGACGAUGAUGAAAUAUUCGCCGUUCCAAGUAUCAAAGGAAGUAGUGACUAUAGUUGCGCUUCAUCAGUGACUGAUGAUGAUGGAAAUGGAACAAGAGCCCCAGGUGUAGUGGCAAGGCUCAUGGGUCUUGAUUCCAUGCCAACAUCUGGAGCUCCAGAGCCAUACUCCACUCCUUUCUUUGAUGCACGGUCUUUUCGCUACAACCAGAACCAGAGAAGUCCUGACUUUUACACAAAUGAAAAUUUCAACUAUGUUCCCCACAAAGCUGAAGGUUACUUCAGGAAGCCCGUGGAAUCCAGGUCUCAGAAGAUGCCCAGCAGCCCUAUAGAAAGGUUCCAAAGGGAAAUAUUGCCUCCAAGGUUGGGAAAGUCCCUUCCACUAAACCACCACAAGUUGUUAUCACCGAGCAAGAACCUUGGCUUCACCUCAGCAAAGAAUGCAACAGAAAUUAUGGAGGCAGCUGCAAAGAUUAUUGAACCAGGGCUGCAAAUGCAUCCUAGUACAAAAGGGAAGAUUGGUUCACCUUCAAUUCCUAUAAGAGUUCGUGAACCGAAGAAUAGCAUAUCUACUACAGAGAGGUCAACGCAGCUGUUACAACUAUCCAGAGGACAAGUUGAGUUGGAUGAUUCUCAAUACUCUAGAGGACAGUCCAGGAACUGGAAUAGAGCUGAAGAUAUUGUUAUUGUUAGGUCCUCUCCGGAUCCUUAUGAAAUCAAUGGAGCUGGAGCACGAGGUAAGGGUAAAUCCAUCUCUUUAGCUAUCCAAGCUAAAGUUAAUGUUCAGAAAAGGGAAGGGUUGGGUUCUUCAAGUAGGAGUACAAUUGUUCAGAAGGACCAUGAUGAUUACAAAGGAAAUCAGCCAUUCAGGACACAAGCAAACAACCAGAAAAACAAGUCACAACAAAAAUCCUCAGCAGCCAGUGUUUCUGGUGUCCUUAGACAAAACAAUCAGAAACAGAACUGUCAAGUAAGCAAAAGCAAAUUGGGCUCGAAGCAAUCAAGUCAACAGCAUGGAAGGAAAAUCCCAUCUGCAGAUCCUUCAUCUGGAAAAAAUAAGAGUGCAAACAAGUUUUCAGGACCUUCAAGAAAUAAUUGCAGGAAAAUCACAGGCCUUGAUAUGGAAGGGUCAUCUUCCAGUAACAAGGAUUUCCCACAAAAGAAGAGGUUAAUAGAAGGAGGCUUCAACGGUGAGAAGAAUUUGCCUACUUACGGUGGGCUUAUGAAGAGACAUGAAACACAAGUUAAAUCUGAUAUGGUAAUAGAUGAACACACAAAACGAUCUGAGGAUAACAGAAAUACCAAUGACAUUAUAUCUUUUACGUUCACAUCCCCUUUGAUAAAAACAUUUGGUGCUUCUCAAUCAGGCAGUUUGGCGGUUGAUAAAUGGGACAAAGAGAAAUGUAGUUGUUUAGAAAAUAAUUUUUCAGGUGUAAACAAGAGUCUGUCGUCACCAGGAUCGGAUAUUUUAGGUGGUGAUGCGUUGGGUCAUCUUUUAGAACGGAAACUAAGAGAAUUGACUUCUCCUACAGAGCUAUCUUGUGACUUCACCAGAACAACGAAGUUUACAGCUUCUGCCCCUAAUCCACAGACUCUGAACUCUUCUUGCUAUGUUCCGACAGCACAACACAAGGAUUUUCAACCUAGCCAAUUGAAAGAUAGACCUGGAAUUGUAGUCAACUCUGGUAUUUUUUCAACAAAUUAUCAGGUGAUUGGAAUGAACAAUAAGCUGUUGGCAGUAGAAGUUGAAAACGAUCAAAGUAGCAACAAUAACAUGUGCAUAGAGGAACACAAUCAUCGGAGUCCGCUUUCUGUAUUUGAUGCUUCCUUUUCAAGUGAAAGCUGGCAGUUAUCAGAGAGCCCAGGAAGUACAUAUGGAAGUGAUCCCUGUCCAUCAUCAGUGAAUGCUCAGAACAUCGCUUACUUACAUUCUUUAAGUAAAUAUGUUGAAGCAGAACCCGAAUUGUCUGAUUCAGCUUCUUCUAUAGCAAAAGAUCCUCAGGAGGGUACAGCAGACCUUAUGAGACCAAACGAGCAGGAAUUGAAGUAUGUGAGGAAAAUGCUGUGUAACAAAGGGUUGACAUCCGAGAAUAUAGGUUCAUGCUACUUAACCAGCGUUGCUGAGAACUUUGAAGGUAAUAAUAGAAUUGUACAAGAAGAGUUAGUAGGCGAUAAGGCAAGAAGCAAGUUGCUGGAAGACUGUGUCCAAGAAUGCUUGGAGUUGAAACAUGACCAUUACUUUAAGGCAGGUUAUGAAGCAUGGAACAAGGGGAUAAUGUUGACUAGGAAGGAUAUGGCACAAGAGGUUUACGAUGAAAUUUCAGGAUGGAAAUCUAUGAGUAACUGGAUUGUAGAUGAACUCGUAGCAAAUGACAUGAGCACUCACUUGGGAAGUUGGGUGGAUUUUGAGAUUGAAGCAUUUGAAACUGGCAAGCAAAUUCAAAGACAGAUAUUGAGCUCAUUGGUCGAUGAAGUUUUUGCUGAAUUCCAUAUCAAGUAACUAUUUCAGCCUGAGAUUUGCUUCGUAUAAAUUACAUCAGAGUUGGAAGAAUGAUGCUUCACUUUAGAGGAUGAUGAUGCAGAGUCGAUAGCGUAGUGGUCGAUCCUGUUCUUUUGUAUUGAUGUAUUCGUUCUUCCAUUUAGCUAGAGAGAAAUGUAGUGAGGCUCUCUGGUCUCAGGACCAUGCUAAUAAUAUUCAGUAGCAUAUAAUGAAAUUGUUAGUUCAGAGCAAAAA